AUGCAGCAGAGAAUGGCUUUGUUCAGCGAGGAAUGCAGCAACAAUGCUCGUUUAGACGCACUGAACUUUCCUGAUUUGACGUCAUGUCGAGUCCCCUCUUCCGAAGGCCCACUCACAAAAGCAGAUGAUGAGAUCAGCACUAGUGAUACGGAGGAGUCACCACGAUCACCUCCUCUGUCCACGGCACGUGUCGCGCCGCAGCAAAGAGGACGAGAAUUAAUCGAGGACUUCCAAGAUGAUGCCACUCAUCUCUUCGACUCCGGGCUGAGAAAGGCCGUCGAUGAGAUAUCUGAUAGUGAGACAAACCACUCAUCUCCGCCGGAGGGUGCCAGCGAUGCAGAGGCCGCUUUUGAGGCACUCUUCGAGCCGACUACAGUGGAUCGCAGGAAGAGACGCCGUAUAUCACUGGAUGAAGAGCCAUCUACGGCUCGACCUGCUAGGCACAGCGCAGACAUGAUUCUGACUUCUUCGCCGGAAACUUCAGCGCUCAUGGCAGAUCCACCUUCAUCGCCGAUCCCCUUCCGUACUCCAAAGACGAAAACUCCGACAGCUGCUUCGCUGAGGACUGUACCUGCUGUACAACAAACGCCGAGGCCUGCGACUCCGGUAAGUACAGCACCGUUCCGUGACCAUCCACGCUUCAAGGUGUUUCAGCCAGCAUUGAGCAGUCAGUCACAAUUCACCCCAAGACCGACGGCAGGAUCUGCGUCGCAAUUACCGACCCCUGGCCCUCAAAGACAGAAGCCAGUCUUUGUCCUUCCUCGCUCUCCGUCUCCAUCACGAAUGGAUGAUGAAUCAAUGAUUCCAACACCAUUCUCCCCUUCCUCUCAUGCUCUUCGUCGGCGAGGCCGUCCCCGAUCCAGCACUGCAGACUACUUACCCGGCGGCAUGGCCUCGGACGUCCGCAGCUGGAUCCUGGAAAUGGGGACCAAAAGCGAACAGAUGCAGAAGAGCCUAGAUGCUCAUUCUAGCACGCACCACGCCCAAGGUCCCCCUGAUCUAAGCCAGUAUUACCUUGUUCUUCGCAUCCUGGACGUUCGGCAGUCUGCACUGGGCAGCUCUGGUCCAGUAGCGUAUAUACACGGCGUAGAAGUGACUCUCCCCGAUGAGUCAGAAAGUGCGACCUCGCAGUCAAGGAGAGUUCUCCUUCUUGGACCGCCUAGGCCAGCUAGCUUGCAGUCCUCCCGUGCAAGAGCUCAAGUUCCUGAGCUUCGCACUGGUCAUCUGGUCGGAGUGUUUCGGAAUCUGGUCUGGGAGGUUGGCUUGGACCAGACGCAUUUAGAUGGCAAUGUGCCGAGUGAAGACACGCAGAAGAAAGAAGAGCCGGCGAGCAGCCUUGGGCGCAAUACAAGUACUGAGCAUCUGGAGAAAUGGCUCGUCGGGGUGGAAUGGGAACUGAUCGACCAGGGUUGA